AUGAAAGACUGCUCGUAUUAUCUGUUUACGAGUACCAUCACCGUCACAGCUUUGGUUAUUGCCACUACCUUUGUCAGCAUCUUCUGGCUAUGUUCUGAUAUUCAGCAAUUCGAAUCAAACAUCUUACGUGAUUUGACUGAUUUCAAAAUUCAAGCUAAUGAUGCUUGGGCUGGUAUGAUGACAGCCAGAGCUGAUUCCGAUCGCAAUGCUAUCUCAUCUCUAUUUGGACGUGUCAAAAGAGGAGGAUCAUAUUCCGAAGGAGCUGGAGGAGGCAGCUCUUGCAACUGCCAAGCUUUAUCUAGUGGAUGUCCAGCUGGACCUCCUGGACCACCUGGAGAAGCUGGAGAAGAUGGUGAGCCAGGAACUCCCGGAGAAGCAGGAGCAGCUGGAGGAUCUGGAGAAGCCAACUCUUAUGCUGGUGUCGGAGGAGAUUGUAUCAAAUGCCCAGCCGGACCACCUGGACCACCAGGACCUGACGGACCACCUGGACCAGCUGGACAAGAUGGACAAGCUGGACCAGCCGGACAAUCCGGAGGAGACGCCGCUCCCGGAACCACAGGACCCCCAGGACCACCAGGACCACCUGGAAAUCCAGGAGCUCCAGGACAAGACGGAGCACCAGGAGAAGGAGGCCAAAAGAGCACCAGUCUUCCAGGACCCCCCGGACCACCAGGACCACCUGGACCAGCCGGUAACGCAGGAGAUGAUGCGGGAUACGUUGCUCCAGGAGAACCAGGACCAGCUGGACCACCAGGACCACCAGGAAACCCAGGAGGACCAGGAUCAGAUGGCCAACCCGGAGGCCCAGGAACAGCUGGAAGUCCAGGACCAGAUGCAGCUUAUUGUCCAUGUCCUCCAAGAACAUCUCAACUUGAAGGAGGCGGUGCCCAAUAUUCUCAAGGAGGAGGUGCUUCAGCUGGAUCUUAUGGUGCCGGUGGCAACGCUGCUGUUGCUGCACCAGAACAAGCUCCAGUAGCUGAGGCUCCACCCCCACCACCACCACCACCACCAGCUGCCGCUCCAUCAGGAGGUUAUAACGCCGGAGGAGGAGCCCCACCACCACAAGCUCCAGCCGGUGGAUACAACGCCGGAGGUGGUGCUCCACCACCACCAGCUCCAGCCGGAGGAUACAGUGCCGGAGGAGGAGCUCCACCACCACCAGCAGGAGAUGCUGGCGGAUACAAUCAGCUUCGUCAUCGCAAACAUCGCAGAAGAUUCCAUUACUAA